GGCAAAGGAUGUUGUGCGAGGGAUUGAAAUACACGUUUAGUUACUCCAAAGGAAAAACUAACUGACUCAUCGCUAGAAUUAUAAUAAUUACGCUUCGUCACGUGGUCCAAAGCCAAAGGAAGUUGUAAGGCUGCUUAUAUGUUAGCGACAGCGGUGACCUUAGGCCAGUACACACAGGAUGUUCAGCGAGAGAAGUAUAGGAGAACCGUCACAAAACCUCCGUCCAUAAGUACAGGAAUGUGAUCUUUACGUGUAGAACUCUCUUUAAGAGAGCUUUCAUGUUGUUUUAAUGGCAAAUGCUGGGGCAGGAUCGACUAACACGAAAUCUGCUCAACCAAGCGAGGAACGGGAACUUGUGCUAAAACUACUCAACGAGAAACGGACGUUACUAGGCAAGCUACACGAGGAAAGGAAAGAAACUCUGCGAUGGAGGAGUGAGUGUUUGCAACUACGGGAAGAAAUUCAAGGAUUGAAAACUGUUAAAUUGCGGACAGGACUUGAGGACUUGUCUGUAGAGUCAGAAAAUGUUCCGAAUGAAUCCGAGGAUAAUGCGAGUGUAGCGCGCGCUUUGCAUAAAAAAAUCUCAAUUCUGCAGUCAAAAAUCCAAGAGUUAAGAAAACAAAAUGAGACUUUGGCAAGUCAGAAAAAAGUUUUGGAGAAUGAGGUAUUCAGACUUGCUAAUUCUCUUAGUAGAAUCGACCCGACAUUAGAGACAGAGUUACUAAAGGAGCAGUUACUCGUAUAUGAAGAAGACUUUAAGAAGGAAAAAACUGACAAAGUUAACGCAGAGCAAAAGAUAUCAAGCUUGCAAGAGGAGAUCCGUGAAUCACAAGAAUUAAUUUCUAGUUUGACUACAGAGGUAGACAUGUAUAAGAGAGCAUACGAGCGGGAGAAAGAGGAAAAAGAAAUUUUGCUAGUCAGUAAUAGCGCGGAUAGAAAUUCAUGUUUAGAACUUCCGCUUUGCACGGGGCCAAGAAGUCAGCCGCAUCGUACCAGAACUUUACCUAAGCCUACACUUCAAGUUGUGUACCCAGUAAGCGAUAUACAAGAACAACGAGAUGAUCUUAGACGAAGACAGCAGAGAGCAGGAGUGUAUUCAAGAAACGCUCCAAAUUCACCCACGAAUCUGUCGAGUUUUUAUAAAGAUGCCCUCGAGUCGGACUGUUUUUGGAGCUCGUAAGAGGCAGGAAGUUAAAGAGCUAUUACCUGAUUCACGGUAAAAAAAAAACUUGGUUGUUUUUCAAUUAGUAUAAAGGGGAGAUAUCUGGCGAUUUAUUAGUUGGGGCUGUUAUGAGAGUCAAGGUCUCCGACUGUCAAUUCGUGGAAUAUUUUGUGCAAGUCUGACUUCCGUCUUGUAGAAACGUAGUAUAAUGGACUCUUUUUUCUCAGUAAAAUGAGAUAAGCAGCAAAAAUAGCAUUACAAGCCACGGGCUCUGGCGCUAUGGAUUAUUUUAACGCUCAAGCCCAAUAUUCAAUUUCCUUUGUCGCGCAGUAAUUAAUGUAAUUUUGUACAGUUCCACAGAGCCAAAUAUAUAUUUGUACAUACAUUUUUUUCAACGAAUAAUGACAAAGUUAUUAAGGCCAAAAAUGUCACAAGAAAUCCAUAGGUUUUACUUUGCUUACGUCGUUUCUAUUGUAUAAACUCACUCUAUAUCAAUAAAUUAUAAUUUUAAUAUCAAA